AUGGGACCAGGCAUUCAGGAAUAUCCCUUGUUACUGCACAGAGAGACACAGCAGAAGGAAAGCCACAGCCACACCAAUGAAAACCACAAAGGAAUGGUAAAUAAUGGAAAAAGCCAUCCAAGCACCAAAGGACUAAAUAAACCAAUUUCGUAUGUGAAAUCUCCUCCUGGAAGAUUAGGCAAAAAUGUAUCAAGUGCCAUUGAAAAGAUUUCCCAUGACACUCAAGACGGUCACCAACCAAGUGUUUAUAAGAAGGGAAGGAACCAGCUGGAUGGCAAUAAUCAGUCAAAAAGGAUCCCAAGUGUCUGCAGUGCACAAGGACCAAAGAGGAGUCCCCCAGAAAGAAGGCAAAAUGAAUCCUUCCUGCACAGGAUCCCCCCUGGCUCAAAGGCCAGCACACAAGAAAACUUCUGUAGGGCUAAGGAUGUCCCAGUUCAGCAUUUUUAUAGCAGUGAAAAACAACAGUUGGGAAAGAAUCAUGAAGAAUACAUUGCUGAAGCCAGUCCAGGCUCUUCAAAAUGGCAAGAAGCAUCUGUAGGUGAAAUGUUUCUCGAUUUUGAAUCAGUACAAAUUAUUAAAGAAGAUGCUGAAGAUGAUAGUGCCAGUGAUCUCUCUGACUCAGAAAGGAUUCCCAUUCCCCCCUCUCCCUGCACACCACCAGAACUCAUCCUCAGAGCUGAAGAAAUCGACCCAGUUUGUUUGGAACACAUCCCUGAAAUAGGAUUCAAAGAAUCUGAAUAUUACUACCCCGACUUCCUCCCACCCCCUUUCAACUCGUGGGACUUGAAGCAGCUGGCCAUCCUUGUCCACGUGGAAGGGAAAACCGAUUUCCACCCCAAGCCCACGGGAUCCUUGGAGAAAUACAUCGAGCGCCUGGUGCAGCUGGAGUGGCUGCAGAUGCAGACGGUGCAGAGCGAGAAGGGCAGGGCCACCAAAACCCGGCCCCAGACUGGCCCCGGCCCCACCCGUGCCCUCAAGAGCCCUGGAAAAAGCAAAGCCUUGCUCAGCCCUGUGCCCAGCAGGCAGGCAGUGCCCCAGGAGAGUGUUCCCAGGCUGCCCAGGAGCUGUGUGGGUCACAGGGCAGAGCCAUACUCGGAGGAGACUCGCCAGGUGCGUUCCCAUCCAGGCCACCUGAAACUUCCUGAGAGAAUGGGACGUGCAGCAUCUUCUCAGAGACAAACUGGUGACGUAAGGAGUGAACUGAAAAAGAAACCAGCUGUAAAGCAGCAGCUUCACAGUCUGCAGCCCCCCGAGAGCAGCUCUAAAAUCCAAAGUGUUGGUAACAUCCGACCCCCUAAGCAAACCCCAGCGCCCCACGGUGCAGCUGCUGCCAUCAAAGGCUUAAAAACACACAUGUGUACAAAUCCAAAGAAAAAUGGCAGUGCCAGCAAUUAUGUUCCUCCUAAAAAACCAACAGUGGACAGGAAAAUAAAAACAAAUGGCACAAAGCAAACACCACGCAAAUUUCAGUGA